GCAAGUGAUAAGCGAUGGAGUGUAGACCCGCCAAUGGUGAUUCGGAUCCAAAUCAAAACCCGGAUAAGAACUCCGUCGGACCUCCUUCUGCGCUGACCUACCUAGAUCCUCACUAUUGGGACGAGAGGUUCUCAUCAGAGGAACACUACGAAUGGUUCAAGGACUACUCUCAUUUCCAGCAUCUCAUCAAUUCCAACAUCAAUACCUCUUCUUCCGUAUUGGAACUGGGAUGUGGCAACUCUCAGUUGUGUGAGGAGCUGUAUAAAGAUGGCAUUGUUGACAUCACCUGCAUUGAUUUAUCUUAUGUUGCUGUUGACAAGAUGCAGAGCCGAUUGCUGUCAAAAGGCUACAAAGAAAUAAAAGUGGUGCAAGCUGACAUGCUAGAUCUCCCCUUUGAAAGCGAGUGUUUUGAUGUAGUUUUUGAGAAAGGGACCAUGGAUGUACUGUUUGUGGAUGCUGGUGAUCCAUGGAAUCCCCGUCAAGAAACCGUUAGCAAAGUCAUGGCUACUCUUGAUGGAGUUCACCGAGUUCUGAAACCAGACGGGAUUUUUAUUUCCAUUACUUUUGGCCAGCCGCAUUUCAGGCGUCCUUUGUUUAUGGAUCCCAAGUUUAAUUGGUCCAUGGAGUACAACACUUUUGGCGAUGGCUUCCAUUAUUUCUUCUAUAUCUUAAGAAAGGGAAAGAGACUUAUUGAUGAGAAAGAAAAAGAUCAGAAACAUAAUGAUCCACUAAUAAACAUGUAUCAAGAUGAACUCGAAGGUGAAGACUACCUCUUCCGAACAAACAUCGAUGCUGAUGAAGAUUAGUUGUUUGUUGUCUGUUUUUAUGUUCUAACUAUUUUGAUUUGUAAUUGUAAUUCAAUCUUUGUGAUUUUAAGACAAAAAGAAUAAAAAUAGAGUUGAACCAAACUUCUGCUUCCAUAACAUACCGUUUACAGUCCAAUAACGUUAUGGACGUACGUGAAAACCAAUGUAUACACUAAACUUU